AUGAACAAAUAUAAGCAACAAAAGCAACAAUCACUAGCAGAGUCUAAACUUCAACGUUUAGUGGAAUUUAACCUAAGGCUUCGCAGAGAACUAGAUUUUCCACGAAUACGUAUUAGCGAAGCCAGUGAUAGUUUAAUUCGUUAUUGUCGAAAUACUAGAGAUUUCUUAGUUCCAUCAGUUUGGGGAUCCGUCGAUAGACGUGACGAUCCAUAUGCAUCAGCAAGUAGUAGUUGCAACUGCUAUAUUUUAUAA